CCUGCAGCGUACGUGUCUGGAAUUCUCCCAAGAUUUCGAAUAUAUUUUUUUCUUCCUCCGCCUUCUUGGAAUUUUCCAGCACCCUUUCGGAGACGGGCAGGGUCAUGACCCAGUUGCCAUGCGCAUCACCACGGUGACCCGGCUUCCCAGCCCCUCCCCCCUCCUCCUAUUGGCCCAGCUGCUAGUCUGGCUCCUCCCAUUGGUCCCUGGCACGGGAGAGGCCGCCUCCACCAACUGCCCCGCCCCGUGCCAAUGCUCCAAUCAGGCCAGCCGGGUGAUUUGCACGCGGCGGAACCUGGCUGAGGUUCCAGACAGCAUAUCGGUCAACACGCGAUACCUCAACCUACAGGAGAACACCAUCAAGGUCAUCAAGUCGGAGACGUUCAAGAACCUCCGCCUGCUGGAGAUCCUGCAGCUCUCCAAGAACCAGAUCAGCCAGAUCGAGGUGGGCGCCUUCAACGGCCUGCCCAACCUCAACACGCUGGAGCUGUUCGACAACAAGCUGACGCAGGUGCCCUCGGCCGCCUUCGAGUACCUCAGCAAGCUCCGCGAGCUCUGGCUGCGCAACAACCCCAUCGAGACGCUGCCCGCCUACGUCUUCAACCGCGUGCCGUCCCUGCGACGUCUGGACCUGGGCGAGCUCAAGAAGCUGGAGCACAUCUCCGAGGCCGCCUUCGUGGGCCUGGACAACCUGCGCUACCUGAACCUGGGCAUGUGCGGCCUGAAGGACAUCCCCAACCUGACCCCCCUCGCUCGGCUGGAGGAGCUGGAGCUGUCCGGUAACCGGCUGGAGAUCAUCCGUCCCGGCUCCUUCCAGGGCUUGGUGUCGCUGCGCAAGCUCUGGCUGAUGCACUCGCAUAUGUCCGUGAUCGAGCGCAAUGCCUUCGACGACCUGAAGAACCUGGAGGAGCUGAACCUGUCCCACAACUCCUUGAUCUCGCUGCCGCACGACCUGUUCACGCCGCUGCCGAAGCUGGAGCGCGUGCACCUCAACCACAAUCCGUGGGUGUGCAACUGCGACGUGCUGUGGCUCAGCUGGUGGCUGAAGGAGACGGUGCCCAGCAACACCACCUGCUGCGCCCGCUGCCACGCGCCUCCCGUCCUGAAGGGGCGCUACAUCGGCGAGCUGGACCAGAGCCACUUCACCUGCUACGCGCCGGUGAUCGUGGAGCCGCCCACCGACCUGAACGUGACGGAGGGCAUGGCCGCCGAGCUCAAGUGCCGCACCAGCACGUCCAUGACGUCUGUGAACUGGUUCACGCCCAGCGGCACGUUGAUGACGCACGGCUCGUACAAGGUGCGCAUCUCGGUGCUGCACGACGGCACGCUAAACUUCACCAACGUGACGCUGCGUGACACCGGGCCAUACACGUGCGUGGUUAGCAACACUGCCGGUAACACGACAGCGACGGCCAUGCUCAACGUCACGGCCAUGCCCAGCGAGAACUACACCUACUUCACCACCGUCACCGUGGAGACCGUGGACGCCCACGAGCCCGAGGACCUGGCCAACACCUCCGCGUUCCCCGCGCUGCGCACCCACAACCAGACCAUGAUCCGCUUCCCGGGGCCCACGCCCUCCUGGGACCUGGUGCCCACCACCGCCUCCUCGUCCUCCUGGUCCUCCUCCACCAGGGGGGGCACCUUCACCGUGCCCGUCACCAUGGACCCCACGUACUCGGGCCUGGAGGACGUGAUGAAGACCACCAAGAUCAUCAUCGGCUGCUUCGUGGCCAUCACCUUCAUGGCCGCCGUCAUGCUGGUGGUCUUCUACAAGCUGCGCAAGCAGCACCAGCUGCACAAGCACCACGGCCCCGCGCGCGCCAUCGAGAUCAUCAACGUGGAGGACGAGCUGGGGACCGCCGCCGCGGCCGCCGGUGGCAUGGGGGGGCCCGGAUGAGGGGGAGUGGGGGGGAUGCGGGGCACCUGCAGCAGCGGCAUCUCCGGCGGCUCCACCAUGACCCGCAGCUGCGGCGGCGGCGGCGGCGGAGGAAGUGGGAUCGGCGGAAGCCUGCGGCUGCACCACCCGGAGAUCGUCAACCUGCCGAACCUGGCUCGCCAAGACCACCUCAACCACUACUACAAGGCCCACCACUUCAACAACAACAUGCUGGGGCUCGGCCUGGGGGGCGGUGGCAUGGGUGGCGGUAGCGGCGGCGGCUCAGCGGGCAUGGGGGGGCUCAACAACAACAACAACCCCUCGUCCUGCUCCCAGGGCCUCGGGAUGGGGAUGGGGCCCGGAUCCGGGCCCGGGGGCCUGGGGGGGCUGGGGGGCCCCAUCUCCUGCACGCCUGUGCCCGUGUCGGUGGGCAGCGGCACCGCCACACUGGGAUCCCUGCCCACGCCCGUGCCCUUGCCCCAGCUGAGCCUCCACGGCUCGCUCAAGGGGCUGAUGGGCAAGAGCCAGAACUCGCAGAACGAGCCCUUGCUCUUCAAGAGCGGCUCCAAGGAGAACGUGCAAGAAACUCAGAUCUGA